AUGACGUUCGCCCAGCAAUUUCGAGACAAGGUCGUCGCCAUCACCGGCGCCGCUUCGGGCAUUGGCCUUGCCACAGCACACCUUCUCGCCGAACGCGGGGCGAAGCUCUCUCUCGCCGAUGUUCAAGAAAAGGCUCUACAACAAGCUCAGUCAGACAUUCAAACCAAGUACCCUGGAUCAGAGGUUCUGAUCUUCACCGUGGAUGUCAAGAAUUACGACAAAGUAGAGAACUGGAUCUCCGAGACUGUCAAGCAUUUCGGGAAGCUCGACGGGGCAGCCAACCUCGCCGGCAUCAUUCCCGACUCCAUUGGCCUCAACGGAAUAGACCAGCAGGACUUUGACGAGUGGAACCUCAUUCUCGGCGUCAACCUAACUGGAGUCAUGCACUGCCUCAAGGCCCAACUCCGUGUUAUUGAGAAGACGGGGGCCAUCGUCAACGCUAGUAGUAUCGCCGGUCUUAUUGGAAGGAUCAACAACGCCUCGUACGUGUCGAGCAAGCAUGGAGUUACUGGCUUGACACGAAGCGCGGCGAAGGAGGUCGGACCGAAGGGCAUCAGAGUCAAUGCAAUCUGCCCUGGCAAAAUUGACACCCCUAUGUCGCAGGCGUCCAGAGAUAUGAAGAUUGUGGUAGAGCCAUCUUUGAAGCGUGUUGGGGAGCCGAGGGAAGUUGCAACUGUGAUUGCUUUCUUGCUAAGCGAUGAGUCGAGUUACAUUUCGGGAGCCAACAUUGGAGUUGAUGGUGGAUGGAACUGCUGA